AUGGUGUCCAAGAGCUCCCGCAAGGGCAAGAAGGCUUGGCGGAAGAACAUAUCCGCGAAGGCCGAGGUCGCGGCCGUCGAGCAGCGCACCAGCGAGGCGGUGCAGGGCGUGGCGCAGCUGCAUGACGGCGACCUCUUCGUCAUCGACAAGGGUCGGGAUGACGAGACCGCAGAGGCCGUGCGGCGGGGCGUGCGUCGGCGGGGGGAGGUCAGGCAGCUGAGGAGCGUGGCGGUGCUGGAGGCGGUGCACUCCGGCUCGAGGAAGCCGUGGGGGCCCAAGAAGGGGCAGGAGGAAGGAAAGGGCUCCAAGAGGGAGAGGGGCAAGGGCCAGGGGCACGUGGCGGCGAAGGGGAGGAAGGCGUCUAGCGCCCGAGGUGAGGAAUUGAAGGAUUUGUGGGCAGAUGAGCCCUGCAGCACGGGCCAGCACGGGGGGGCUGCCCAAGCACACGCCAACAGCUGGCUUGACACUGAUGGUAAAGCUGCCAUGGGUGCAAAGUAUGCAAUGUGGAGGCGACAGCGCCGGAAUUCGAAGGUCCCAGCAGUGGAGGUGGAUGCCCCUGGGUGUUCUUAUAAUCCCGACGAGGAGCAAAGAAAGGAUGCUGUUGCAGUCGCCAUUGCCGACUCUUACAGGGGCAGGCUAAAUUCUUCGCUGGGCGGCAACAAAGAAAGGCAGGUUCUAAGACUGCUGCCGGAGCUGAAAGGAAAGGACGACAUAGAUGCGAUCUUGGGCAACCAGUCAGAUCCAGAGGAUGAGAAUGAGGGUGUUGAGGAGGAUGAGGCUGAUGUGCUGCCAGCUUGCAAGCCGACGACGGAUGAGAACAGAAAGUCCCAAGCCCAGCGGAACAAGGAGAAACGCAUGCGAGAAGCUGAAAGAGAAAAUGAGGCGAAGCGGGCAGUGAAGCGACAGCGGCAGCAAAUCGAUUCCCUUCCUACCAUUGUGAAGGAGAUUGAAGUUGAGGAGGCUGAGAAGGAGAUCUACAUGAAAAGGAAGCAAGCUAUGAAGUCGGAGCGCGCUCUGGAACGACCGCCGCGGCUGGGCAAACACAGGUUCAAGCCUGCGAGCCUCCCUGUGCUGGGCAGCGACGACGUUGCGGGUUCCCUUAGAAGGCUAAAGCCCACGUCGCUGCUAGCGAUGCAUCGCUACAAGAGCGUGCUGAAGCGAGGGCUGGUGCCCGUGUGCUUGAAAGGCAAGCGAAAGAAGGCAAAGAGGUACGUUUGGUAUGUGGCUGGUGAGCGUGGCAGGAAUGCUCAGAAGAUGCAGCAGGAGUUGGAGGCUGUCAAGGCAGUCACAAAGAGGAUGAAGAGGGCCUUGGGCCCGGCACCCGAGCCAAGCCAGGUGGCUGACGGGUGGUAG